GAAUGUGGGAAAGCAUUUCCCUGGAGGAGUGGCUUGAAACGACAUUUCCGGAUGCACACUGGGGAGAGGCCGUACACCUGUGGCGAGUGUGAAAAGGCAUUCUCCACUAAGAGCAACCUCAAGAAACACAUGAAGACCCACAGUGGAGAUGGGCAAUUCACUUGUGAUGACUGUGGGAAGGCACUCUCCCAUAAGUCAUCACUCGAGAUUCACUCUAGGAUCCACACGGGCAAGAGGCCUUUCACCUGCAAGCAAUGUGGGAAAUUAUUCUCCUGGAAGUCGAAGCCGAAUAUCCACAUGAGGAUGCACAUGAGGGAGAGGCCCUUCGCCUGCAAGGAAUGUGGGAAAUCAUUCUCCUGGAAGUCGAUGCUCGAGAGCCACUCAAGGAUCCAUACAGGGGAGAGGCCCUUCACCUGCGAGGACUGUGGGAAAUCGUUCUCCAGGAAGUCGACACUCAAGAUUCACACAAGGAUCCACACGGGGGAGAGGCCCUUCGUCUGCAAGGAAUGUGGGAAAUUAUUUUCCACAAAGUCGAAUUUCAAGAACCACAUGAGGAUCCACAAGGGGGAGCGGCCCUACAUCUGUAAGGACUGCGGGAAAGCGUUCCCUCAGAAGUCAAAUCUCUUGAUGCACAUGAGGAUCCACGUGGGGAAGAGACCCUUUGCCUGCAAGGACUGUGGGAAAGCGUUCCCUCAGAAGUCAAUUCUCCAGAACCACAUGAGGAUCCACACUGAGGAGAGACCUUUUGCCUGCAAGAACUGUGGGAAAGCAUUCUCCCAGAAGUCAAUUCUCCAGAACCACCUGAGGAUCCACACAGGGGAGAGGCCCUUCACCUGCAAGGACUGCGGGAAGGCAUUCUCCCAGAGGUCAAGUCUCAAGAUUCACAAGAGGAUCCACACAGGGAGAGAUCCUUCGCCUUCAAGGUCUGCGGUAAAGCAUUCCCCCAGAGGUCAAGUGUCCAGAUCCACACGAAGAUUGACGCAGUGGAGAGACCCUUUGCCUGUAAGGACUGUGGGAAAGCAUUCGCCCAGAGGUCAAGUCUCUAGAUCCACACGAAGAUCUGGACAGGAGAGGAACCCUUUGCCCGCAGGGACUGUGGGAAGGCAUUCUUCAGUAAAUCGUAUGUCAAGUUCCACUCCACGAUCCACACGGGAGAGGCUGUAAUUCUGUAGCGAGUGAGGGAAGUUGUUCUCCAGGAAGGAGAAACUCUAUCAGCACAUGAGGAGGCAUUAAGGUUACCGAUUGAUUUUGCUUUGUCCCCCAAUGCUUCAUUGACUAGAGUCACUGCCUAUGUACAAUGCAUUGUUCUCGGUUUGUAAUUAACAUUAUGAAUUUGACCUCUGUAGGCUAAUCAGUUAUUGAAUUUACAGUUUAUAACUCAAUAAAUUGGUUUUCUAAC